AUGAAACGAGUUAAUACAUAUGAAAGCGCUGGUGAUUCUGAUGACGAAUUUAUAGAUUCAAGUUUAAGUCCAAGAGAUUAUGAUUAUGAACAUUUAACAAGUCGUAAGAAACGUCGUGGUGUUAUUGAAAAACGUCGUCGUGAUCGAAUAAAUCAUUGUCUAAUGGAAUUACGACGACUUGUUCCACAAGCCAUAUCAAAAGAAGGUUCAACUAAACUUGAAAAAGCUGAAAUUUUACAAAUGACUGUUGAUCAUCUUCGUUCAUUACAAAAUAUUAAUAAAGAUUCAAAUAAUUCUUGUCAAACAUGGCCAAUAUUUGAUGCACAUGCUAGUGGUUUUCGUGAAUGUAUUGAUGAAAUAUCACGUUAUUUAAUAUCAGUUGAAGGUUUUGAUGUUCAACAUCCACUUCGUUUACGUCUAUUAUCACAUCUUGAAUGUUUUACUGAAAGUAGUAUAAGUCCAUCAGUAAAUCAAUCAUGGCCCGUAAUACAUCAACAAACACCAAGUGCAUUUGCAACACCACCUUUAUCAUCUUAUACAACUUCAACUAUCGGAUAUCAUCAACAUCAACAUCAUCAUCAUCAUCAAACAAAUCUAAAUUUUAAUAUGAAUCAUUAUCAACGGCCACCUAUUGAUUCAUCUUGUCAAUUGCCAUCAUCGUCAACAUCAUCAUCAUCAUGUAUUUAA